AUGCUUCGGCUUUCGUUUUCAUUGCUGUUGGUGACAGCGUUGGCCCUACCUCAGCAUGGUUUCGGUGGCCGCAGCAAUAACGACGACCGUUCGGCCGUCGCCCUAGUGAACGAUUUUGACCUCAAUCCGGACGGUACGUACAGCUACAAGUACGAAACUAGCAACGGUAUCAGCGCAUCGCAAUCCGGAGGGGAAGCGGGCAAGUACGCAAAUGGAUAUUUCUCCUACCUGAGUCCCGACGGUUCCCGGGUGCAGUUGACUUAUCUUGCCGACGAGUAUGGUUUCCAGCCGCAAGGAGAUCAUUUGCCGGUGGAACCUCCGGCGCCGGAUCACGUCAUUCAAUCGUUAGAGCAAAUUCGAGCAGCCGCAACUCCCGACUCGGGGCUAGAUGUUGCUACGCUGGAUGCGACAAUCGCUCGUUUAAGGGCAACGCAGGGUUAA